AUGCUGCACGAUAUUUCAAGUACAACCUUGCCCCCCCAUCCCCGCCAAGACCAAAAACCGAACCAUGUCCCCUAUCUCAAAUUCAGCGGCAACAAGAAACUCUUCACGACGUGGAAAUCAAGAAUCGUCGCCCACCUCAACUCAAUCACGGACGAGAAGGACUUCGAAUGCGUCGACAAAGGGCAACGGCCGUACCUCAUGCCGUAUGCCGUUUGGCUCCAAUUCCGCCCCGUGGUCUCGCAGGCACUAGUCACCGCGCUUCCAUCGGAGUAUUUUGGGUCAAGUGUGAUUCAAACUCAUGACGGGUUUAAGCUGCCUGUCAUUGAGACAAUGCACAAGCAAAUCUUUAGCAACAAGAGUAGCAAAGAUAUUGCGGCCAUGUCAAAGUUGACUGUGAUGGGCGAAAGAAAGCGUCCUAUUGCGGAUAAUGAGGUGAAGAAGACUAAGGUGUCGUCCUACACUGAAUGCUUCUACUGUUAUGGCACUGCGAAUGUCAAUGGCACUAGCCACAUGAAGGCGACCUGCCUUCUUCGCAUUAGCGAUGAGAAGUAG